AUGUCCGAGCCGACCGAAUCUAUUACUCCUACAUCUAGCAAAACUGCCGCUGGUGCAGCGAAAUCUGCUGUAGUUAACGUUCCCAAAUCACCGAAAAAAUCUCGAAAGCUCGCUCUCAUGGAGGAGCAAAGUUGUGAUUUAUGUCAAAACGCCGACAAUAGCCGGAUGGUCCAAUGCGACUAUUGUAAGAAUUGGUAUCAUUUCGAAUGUGCUAACGUAACUGAAGACAUUGAGUUCUACGACUGGAUUUGUACGAAAUGCGAAACCGCGGAAACAAAUCACCAGAAAAAGAAACCGUCUCGGAAAAACGCCAGAAGCGCAGUGAAGAAGAUAAAUUCAUCAAUAGCAGGUGCGAAGAAAUCGAAGACUGUAAAACCAAAAAAGAUGGUGAAGAAUUCGACCUCCAAGGACCACCAGCAAAAUCAGCAAGUUGAACGGGAGAAAUCACAAAACAGCACCGAUGAAAAAUUGGCGGGAAACGAGAAGGUGAAUAAAUCAACCAAAUCCAAAUCUGUGGGGUCAGACUCUCUGAGCAGAUCGCAAGCUUUGAAAAUGCAGUUGCAGAAAGUGCAUGCUGAAGAGAAACUGAUGCUUGAAGAGAUGAAACGAAAACGGGAAUUGUUGGUCAAAAAGUUCGAACUGAUGGAAGAAAUAGCCAACACUGAUGAAGCUGCCGGAUCUGAUGCGCACCUUGAAAGCGACAGCGACUCUGACGAGUAUUCCGAAUCCGAAGGUGAGCAAAGCGACGACGACACAGACAGCGGUGACGAUCAGGAUGAACCCUUUAUCCCAAAGCGGCAAUCAACUCCCGUUAAAUUACAAUCGCGGCGAGAGAAGCAACACUCUCGAAUGAAUGUCACUCUGAGCCGAGAGCAGAUAGCUGCACGGCAGGUAGUAUCGUGCGAUCUUCCCAGAUUCGGAGGUAAUCCCGACGAAUGGCCAAUGUUCAUAUCGACUUACGAGAGUACGACGACGAUGUGCGGCUAUCGAGACGAGGAAAAUAUGAUUCGUCUCCGUAACUGUCUGAAGGAUGAAGCUUUUACAACAGUGCGGAGCUUUCUAAUGCAUCCGUCAACAGUGGCAAAAGCAAUAAGUGUGUUGAAGCUCCGAUUCGGCCAGCCUCAUAUGAUCAUCAGUACGUUGCGGGAAAAAAACCUGAAUAUGGCACCAGUUAGAUCAGACUCGAUUGAACGGCUGGUAGAUUACGCUCUCGCUGUACAGAAUUUACGUUCUACCAUUGAUGCUUGUGGGCGUAAAGAGUAUAUGCGUGAUGUAACGCUAAUGCAGGACCUUAUUAGCAAACUUCCUCCUGCGAUAAAGUUAGAUUGGGCCAGGCAUAGUAAGACACUGAAAAAAUCUAAUCUCGUUGCAUUUUCGGAUUGGAUAUAUUCUAUUGCGGAAGACGCAAGCAUUGUUGCUGAUCCUCGCAAACCGCACUGCUAUGGGCAAGACACACGCGGAAGGCGACAAGGUAAAGCUUUCAUCAACACUCAUGCAGAAUCAUUGGGACAGCAAACUGCACACGAUCGAACAGGCAAUACUAAUCAGUUUAGUGAAAAAUUCAGUGCGAUGACGGUCAAAUGUUGUCAGAUUUGCAAAGGAAGCUGUUCAAGUGCCGCCAAAUGUAAGCGUUUUCUUGGUCUCUCGUAUGAAGCCAGAUGGGCUGCAGUUCGUGAAUUUAGAAUAUGCCGCAGGUGUCUACGACAGCACGGAGGAAACUGUAAUAGUAAAGCUUGUGGCGUUGACGGGUGUAUCGUUCGGAACCAACUGCGGCGACCCAGAGGUAAUCCACGGUUACACAACAAGCACGUGAAUUGCUACGCUUUUUUGGACGACGGGUCGGAAUUGACAUUACUAGAUGAGCAAAUUGCUUGCGACUUGGAGUUGCCAGGCGAAUCGAAACCACUUUGUUUAAAAUGGACAGGUGGAACCCAUCGAUUUGAAGAGAAAUCUAAAAAGGUUAACGUCGGAAUAUCAGGACUGGUGGGCAAGAGAUUUGAGUUGAGCGGUGUGCGUACCGUCAAUGCGCUUGAAUUGCCACAACAGAGCCUGAACAUCGAUGAGCUGAGAAAGCAAUACAAGCAUCUAAAAGGCGUUCCAGUCGAAUCAUAUAAUCUUGUGAGACCUAGAAUCCUAAUAGGAUUGAAGCAUGCCAAUGUUUCUUUAGUUCGCCGUUGCCGUGAAGGCAAGGAGGGUGAACCCAUUGCAGCGAAAACUCAUUUGGGAUGGACGAUCUUUGGAGGCUGUUCGUCCCAGGACUCGUCGGUCGACGGGAAGUAUACGUAUCACAUUUGUACAUGCAACCCGCAGAAUGACGACCGACUUCACCACGAGGUCAAGCAGUACUUUGGUCUAGAUAGCUUGGGAAUUACGACACCGGUGAGUUCAUUGAUGUCGAAAGAUGAUGAGAGGGCAAUAUCACUGCUGAAAUCGCGUACACAGGUUAUUGGUGACAAGUAUGAAACUGGUCUUCUCUGGCGAUUCGACAAUAUUCAUCUGCCAGAUAGUCGGUCGAUGGCCCUUCAAAGAUUAAAUUGUCUUCAGAGACGUUUGGCAAAAGAUGCCGAGCUAAAUCGAGCUUUCAAUGAAAAACUGGCAGACUACCAAGCGAAGGGUUACAUACGAAAGGUAAUGCCAGAAGAACUCGCCCGAAAAGAGGGAAAGAUGUGGUAUCUCCCUACUUUCCCGGUGCUAAACCCUAACAAGCCGGGAAAGAUUAGAAUUGUGUGGGAUGCAGCCGCCUCUGUACAUGGAGUAUGCCUCAACACUGUGUUACUCACUGGGCCGGACUUAAUGAGUUCGUUAAUAUCAGUUCUUUAUCAGUUUCGAGAAUAUCGCAUCGCUAUCUGCGGAGAUAUUCGCGAGAUGUUUUUGCAGAUUGCAAUCAGGCCCGAAGAUCAAUUCUAUCAACUUUUUCUUUGGCGGGACAAAGCAGACCAGGAUGAAGCCAGCACCUUCGUCGUUGAAGUAAUGAUUUUCGGAGCACGAUCUUCGCCAACCACGGCGCAAUUUGUGAAAAAUCACAAUGCCCAGAGAUUCGAAACACAAUAUCCCGCAGCAGCCGCGGCCAUACAAAAUAAGCAUUACGUUGAUGACAUGCUUGCUAGUACGGAAACGGAAAAGGAAGCCAUCGAGCUAGCAAAGGCAGUUAAAUUUAUUCACGCUCAAGGGGGCUUCGAGAUCAGGAAUUGGACCUCGAAUUCUCCGACCGUCUUGCAAGCAUUGAGCGAAAAUCCAGCUGAAGAGAAGAAUUUGAAUUUUAUGGCGGAAAUGGCGACGGAGAAAAUUUUGGGCAUGUGGUGGAACACAAGGACGGAUUGUUUCAUGUUCAAGAUUUGCUAUGAUCGUUUCGACGCGGCGUUGUUUAAUGGACGACGAGCUCCAACCAAGCGAGAGCUGCUUCGGAUCUUGAUGACGGUUUUUGAUCCACUUGGCCUGAUUUCGCAUUUUCUAAUGCUUUUGAAAGUCACCCUCCAGGAAGUUUGGCGUAUCGGUUUAAAAUGGGACGAGCAAAUCACAGGAAAGCAAUUGGAAAGUUGGAGAACCUGGAUAAAACUGCUCCCGAAGCUGGAAAACAUUCGAAUUCCCCGGUGUUAUCGUCGGUCGUUGUCUAUCGGAGACCACACACGGUUCGAACUACACACGUUUGUUGAUGCAGGGAAUGACGGUAUGGCAGCGGUGGCAUUUUUGCGUGUCGAGGAAGAUGGGCUGGUAGAGUGCGCAUUAGUCAGUGCAAAAACUCGCGUAGUCCCCUUAAAGUACCUUUCUACACCGCGCUCGGAACUCCAGGCGGCGGUAAUCGGGGCGAGAUUAGCUAACAAUAUAUCUAAUUCACUUUCCCUCAAUAUUUCUCAACGGUAUUAUUGGAGCGAUUCCCGCAAUGUUCUUUGCUGGCUGCGAUCCGACCAUCGCCGUUACAGCCCAUAUGUUGCCGCCAGGGUAAGCGAAAUAUUAGAAACCACCGAAAUCGAUGAUUGGCAUUGGGUCAAAUCCGAGUGGAACGUCGCUGACGACGGAACAAAACUAAAGGGACAAGUGGAGUUGCAGAUAGAAGAUCGAUGGUUUCAGGGACCAUCCUUUUUGAAAACACCUAAAGAGAGCUGGCCAGAACGCAACUUUCUGCGAGAAACAACCGACGAAGAAAUCCGGACAAAUGUACUGUUCCACGGUAUGAAUAUGGAGCCAGUUGUUUUGGCGAGUAACUAUUCGAGAUGGAAACAUUUGGUGGAGGUUACAGCGUAUGUGCAGCGUUUUGUGAACAACGUUUGUGCAAAGAAAAAGGGGCUACCAGGCCAAAUCGGACCACCAACGAGUGACGAGCUUCGUUUGGCUCAGGAAUACCAUUUCCGACAGGCGCAGCAAGAGGUUUAUAGAGAAGAGCUUAGAGUGUUGCAAAGUACGAACAACAAGGGCGAACGGAUAAAUCAAGUUGCAAAAUCUAGUAAAAUUCGUUAG